CACACACACACACACACACACACACACACACACACGCAGCCCCUGGACUUCAUUCAGCUUAGCCUCAAUCAGUCUGCAGAGAGUCGCAGGAGAGCACAGGGGGAUGUGUCAAGUCAGUGCCUUCUGAAAGUUUGAACGGAACUGCACACACACGCGGACAAACAAAUACACACGGAGAAUACACACAUGCAGGGACACUCAUCAUGCACAUACACAGACUGACCCUAACACACACUGAUGGACCCAUGCCACACACAGAUGGACAGACAGAGCUGAAAGUUUAAGCUUGCACAAGUGUGGACUGACCCCUGUCACACACACACACACUCAGAAACACACACAGGUGCUGAAUUACAGUCAGUAUGAGUGACGUGUCUGAGACUGCUGUGGUCAGUAGACCCUCGACUACCAUGAAGCGACACAAGAGUGUCAGGAAGAACUCCAGGCGGAUUUAUUCACCUUAUCAAGACAACCAGCCAGGCCAAUCAGAUGAGGAGGACAAGGAGGAUGAGCAUGCGGACAGCAACGACCCAGAGCAGAUGUUUCAGAACAUCCAGUUUCAGAAGGAGAUCAUCGCCAACAUACGCACCCGAGCCUGGCCCAUGAGACGCAAGCUGAAAGCCCUCAAGCAGGCCAGAGAGAUUGUCCUGAAGUACGAGGGGAGGCUAACAAGGACCAGAGGAUACCAGGCUGCCGGGGCGGAUCUGCUGAAGAAGGUCUCCAGGUUGCUGUACAACAUUGUGGUUCUGUUCAUUCCCUGGGAGAUGAGGAUCAAGAAAAUAGAAAGUCACUUUGGGUCAGGGGUGGCCUCGUACUUCAUCUUCCUCCGAUGGCUGUUUGGUAUCAACAUAGUCCUUACCAUCAUGACUGGAGCAUUCAUAGUCAUACCUGAGCUCCUGGCCGGAGAGCCAUUUGGAACGACCCGGAGUAAAACCAUUCCCAAGGAGCACCUGGCCUCAGCUCAGGAUCUGGACACCAUCUGGUCUCUCGGGGGCUAUCUCCAGUACUCUGUGUUGUUCUAUGGGUACUACAGCCCGGUGAGGAAGAUCGGCAGUGCCGGCUAUCGCCUCCCCCUGGCCUACUUUCUGGUUGGGAUGGCUGUUUUUGCCUACAGUUUCAUCAUUCUGUUAAGAAAGAUGGCUAAGAACUCCCGUCUGAGCCUGGCCAGUGCCUCUGACGAGAACUUCACCUUCUGCUGGAGAGUGUUCUGUGCCUGGGACUACCUCAUAGGGAAUCCUGAAGCUGCAGAGAGCAAGGGAGCCGCUAUCGUCAACAACAUCAGGGAGGCCAUUGUUGAGGAACAGGAGAAAAAGAAGGAUACUAGUCUAGCAGUCCUGAUCAGUCUGCGUAUCCUAGCCAACAUCCUGGUCCUUCUCUCUCUGGCUGGCAGCAUUUAUAUCAUCUACUUUGUGGUGGACCGCUCCCAGAAACUAGAGCAGGAGAAGCCAGAGCUAACACUAUGGGAGAAGAAUGAGGUGAGUGUGGUGGUGUCCCUCAUCACCAUGAUCGCCCCGUCUGCCUUUGAGCUGGUGGCCCAGCUGGAGAUGUAUCAUCCCAGGACCUCCCUCCGCUUCCAACUGGCCAGAGUACUGGUGUUGUAUCUGGGUAACCUCUACAGCCUCAUCAUUGCCCUUCUGGACAAGGUCAACAGUAUGAGUCUGGCCUCAGCUGCUGCAGCUGUAAGUAGUCCUGCUGAGAUUGAGGCUUUCCUAAUAUGGACACCAUACAAGCCAUGUGACUAA